UAUUUCUCUCUGUCUCUCCAUCCUGCCUGCCUGGAUUUCUCAGAUGAAGGACACCAUGUGAUGGAGCCGCCUGUCAUCACGGAACAGUCUCCACGGCGCCUGGUUGUCUUCCCCACAGAUGACAUCAGCCUCAAGUGUGAGGCCAGUGGCAAACCGGAAGUGCAGUUCCGCUGGACCAGGGAUGGUGUCCACUUCAAGCCCAAGGAAGAGUUGGGUGUGACUGUACUGCAGUCACCCCACUCCGGCUCCUUCACCAUCGCCGGCAACAACAGCAACUUUGCCCAGCGAUUCCAGGGCAUCUACCGCUGCUUUGCCAGCAAUAAGCUGGGCACCGCCAUGUCCCAUGAGAUCCAGCUCAUGGCCGAGGGUGCCCCCAAGUGGCCAAAGGAGACAGUGAAACCCGUCGAGGUGGAGGAGGGGGAGUCAGUGGUUCUGCCCUGCCACCCCCCGCCCAGUGCGGAGCCGCUUCGGAUCUACUGGAUGAAUAGCAAGAUCCUGCACAUCAAACAGGAUGAGCGGGUGACGAUGGGCCAGAAUGGCAACCUCUACUUUGCCAACGUGCUUACCUCGGACAACCACUCAGACUACAUCUGCCACGCCCACUUCCUGGGCACCAGGACCAUCAUCCAGAAAGAACCCAUUGACCUCCGGGUCAAGGCCACCAACAGCAUGAUUGACAGGAGGCCACGCCUGCUGCUCCCCACCAACUCCAGCAGCCACCUGGUGGCCCUGCAAGGGCAGCCACUGGUCCUGGAGUGCAUCGCUGAGGGCUUCCCCACACCCACCAUCAAGUGGCUGCGCCCCAGCGGCCCCAUGCCUGCUGACCGUGUCACCUACCAGAACCACAACAAGACCUUACAGCUGCUGAAUGUGGGUGAGGAGGACGACGGCGAGUAUCACUGCCUGGCCGAGAACUCACUGGGCAGUGCCCGGCACAUCUACUACGUCACUGUGGAGGCUGCCCCUUACUGGCUGCACAAGCCCCAGAGCCAUCUGUAUGGGCCAGGAGAGACGGCCCGCCUGGACUGCCAGGUCCAGGGUCGGCCCCAGCCAGAGGUCACCUGGAGGAUCAACGGUAUCCCGGUGGAGGAGCUGGCCAAGGACCAGAAAUACCGGAUCCAUCACGGAGCCCUGAUCCUGAGCAACGUGCAGCCCAGUGACACGAUGGUGACCCAGUGCGAGGCGCGCAACCGGCAUGGGCUUUUGCUGGCCAACGCUUACAUCUAUGUUGUCCAGCUGCCAGCCAAGAUCCUGACUGCCGACAAUCAGACAUACAUGGCUGUUGAGGGCAGCACCACCUACCUUCUGUGCAAGGCCUUCGGAGCCCCUGUGCCCAGCGUCCAGUGGCUGGAUGAGGACGGAACGACAGUGCUUCAGGACGAACGCUUCUUCCCUUAUGCCAACGGAACCCUGGGCAUCCGAGACCUCCAAGCCAAUGACACUGGACGCUACUUCUGCCAGGCCGCCAAUGACCAAAACAAUGUGACCAUUGUAGCUAACCUGCAGGUUAAAGAUGCAACUAGGAUCACGCAGGGACCCCAGAACGCAACCGAGAAGAAAGGCUCAAGGGUGACAUUCACGUGCCAGGCUUCCUUUGACUCUUCGUUGCAGCCCAGCAUCACCUGGCGUGGCGAUGGUCGAGACCUCCAGGAGCGUGGAGACAGCGAUAAGUACUUCAUAGAGGACGGGCGCCUGGUCAUUCACAGCCUGGACUACAGCGACCAGGGGAACUACAGCUGUGUUGCCAGCACUGAGCUGGACACCGUGGAGAGCAGGGCCCAGCUCUUGGUGGUGGGGAGCCCUGGGCCAGUGCCCCAGCUGGAGCUGUCCGACCUGCACCUGCUGAAGCAGAGCCAGGUGCGCCUGUCCUGGCGCCCUGCCGAAGACCACAACGCCCCCAUUGAGAAGUAUGACAUUGAAUUUGAGGACAAGGAAAUGGCGCCUGAGAAAUGGUACAGUCUGGGCAAAGUGCCAGGGAACCAGACCUCUACCACCCUCAAGCUGUCACCGUAUGUCCACUACACCUUUAGGGUUACUGCCAUCAACAGAUAUGGCCCUGGGGAGCCCAGCCCGGCCUCUGAGACUGUGGUCACACCUGAGGCAGCCCCGGAGAGGAACCCUGUGGACGUGAAGGGGGAAGGGAAUGAGACCAACAACAUGAUUAUCACGUGGAAGCCCCUCCGGUGGAUGGACUGGAACGCCCCCGAGGUUCAGUACCGCGUGCAGUGGCGCCCUCAGGGGACGCGUGGGGCCUGGCAGGAGCAGAUCGUGAGCGACCCCUUCUUGGUGGUGUCCAACACCUCCACCUUUGUGCCCUAUGAGAUCAAAGUCCAGGCCGUCAACAGCCAGGGCAAGGGCCCCGAGCCCCAGGUCACCGUGGGCUACUCAGGGGAGGACUACCCCCAGGUAAGCCCUGAAUUGGAAGGCAUCAAGAUCCUCAACUCAAGUGCCGUGCUGGUCAGGUGGUGGCCUGUGGACCAGGCCCAGGUCAAGGGUCACCUCCGGGGAUACAAUGUGACGUACUGGUGGGAGGGCAGUCAAAGGAGGCACAGCAAGAGGCACGUCCACAGGGGCCACGUGGUGGUGCCCCCCAAUGUCACGAGCGUCACCCUCAGUGGCCUGCGGCCCUACAGCUCCUAUCACCUGGAGGUCCAGGUCUUCAACGGGCGGGGGUUGGGACCCGCCAGCGAGUUCACCUUCAAGACCCCAGAGGGAGUGCCCGGCCACCCGGAGGCUUUGCACCUGGAGUGCCAGUCGGACACCAGCCUGCUGCUGCACUGGCAGCCUCCACUGAGUCACAACGGCGUGCUCACUGGCUACGUGCUCUCCUAUCACCCCCUGGAUGAGGGGGGCAAGGAGCAGCUGUCCUUCGACCUCCCGGACCCCGAGCUUCGGACGCACAACCUAACCAACCUCAGCCCCCACCUGCGGUACCGCUUCCAGCUCCAGGCCACCACGAAGGAGGGCCCUGGUGAGGCCAUCGUUCGCGAAGGCGGCACUAUGGCUUUGUCUGGUAUCCCAGAUUUUGGCAAUAUCUCAGCCACGGCAGGUGAAAACUACAGCGUCGUCUCCUGGGUUCCCAAAGAGGGCCAGUGCAACUUUGGGUUCCAUAUCUGGUUCAGAGCCUCAGGAGAGGAGAAGGGGGUCAUUAACCUCCCACCGCAGUACGUCAGCUACAACCAGAGCUCAUACACGCAGUGGGACCUGCAGCCCGACACCGAUUACGAGAUCCGCCUGCUCAAGGAGAGGGUGCUUCUGCGCCAGAUGGCCGUGAAGACCAACGGCACCGGCCGCAUGCGGCUCCCCCCUGCCGGCUUCGCCACCGAAGGCUGGUUCAUCGGCUUCGUGAGCGCCAUCAUCCUCCUGCUGCUUAUCCUGCUCAUCCUGUGCUUCAUCAAGCGCAGCAAGGGCGGCAAGUACUCAGUGAAAGACAAGGAGGACACGCAGGUGGACUCUGAGGCCCGGCCGAUGAAAGACGAGACCUUCGGCGAGUACAGGUCCCUGGAGAGUGACAACGAGGAGAAGGCCUUUGGCAGCAGCCAGCCGUCUCUCAACGGAGACAUCAAGCCCCUGGGCAGUGACGACAGCCUGGCCGACUACGGGGGCAGCGUGGACGUCCAGUUCAACGAGGACGGCUCCUUCAUUGGCCAGUACAGCGGCAAGAAGGAGAAGGAAGCAGCGGGGACCAACGACAGCUCAGGGGCCACCUCCCCGAUCAACCCUGCCGUGACCCUAGAGUAGGGGGUGCAGCCAGGUGAGGCCAGGAGAGCCGGUGACCCAGGGGCCCCAG